AUGAGUAAGCGCUGCAAGUGCUGCACGGGAGUGCUUCCUGGCUUCUGUGGCUUCCGUGGCUUCCUUAGCGCAUGGAGUGCAAGCCUUGCAUUUUCAGUCCUUCCGCGCACAUGCCUCAGGGAUGUGAGGGAUGUGAGGGAGAUCCGGGCUUCGAGGGGGAGCUCUUUCAGUGUGCUGCGUCGCUGCGUGGAUCGUGUGGAUCGCGUGGAUCGGGCGGCUUUCGACCGAUCGGAGCAGCUCUGUGCCGUGAAGGUGCCGGAGGACGGCGCCUAUCGGCUCCGGCAGCACCCCGAAGUGCUCCCUUUCUGCCUCGGAUGGGCCAAGAAGCGGGCCCAAAAGCGGGCCAAAAAACGGGCCCAAAAGCGAGACCCGAGCUCUGCGGGCGCCGCCGACGCCGUUGCGAAGGCCGCGAACGCGGUGAACCAGGUGAACGUGGUGAACGUGGUGAACGUGGUGAACGUGGUGAACGUGGUGAACGUGGUGAACGUCGUCACGGAGGAGGGCGGCGCCGAGCCAGGCAGCAGCCUGCUGCUGCUGGCACCGGGCGUGACUCCCCAGAGCCUUGGAGCGGAAGCUCACAACGCAAUCGAGGCUUUUCAGGGGUCCUUUACAACCUACGAGCUCGAACUCGGCUAUGCAAACUUCAACUAUAAGGAAGCCCUCACGCUGUUGCUCCCUGCUGAUGUAACGGUGCCCAUGGGCUACGAGGUCUUGGGCCACAUCGCGCAUUUCAACUUGCUUCAAGAGCAUUGGCCACAUCGCCAUCUCAUCGGUCAGGUUCUCAUGGACAAGUCCAAGAACGUGCGGACUGUUGUUGCGAAGCGCGGCACGGUUUCACAUCAAUAUCGAACCUUCGACAUGGAGGUAAUCGCGGGGGAAGCAGACACGGAGGUCGAGCUGAAGGAGUUCGGGCUCAAGCUCAAAUUCGAUUUUCGGAAGGUCUACUGGAACUCGCGCUUGGCGAGCGAGCGCGGACGCCUUUCUGGCAAAUGUGGAGAGGGCGAGGUGUUUGUGGACUUGGCUGCUGGCGUUGGGGCUUUGGCUUUGCUUUGCGCCAGGAGGGGUUGCCACGUGGUGGCAAACGAUCUCAACCCAGCAGCCGCCGCCGCCGCAAAAGAGAAUGCCCGGAGGAAUCGCCUGAAGAUGGAGGUCCUUCAGAUGGACGCGCGGCCGCUGCUCCGCAGCGCCCUCCAUGGAAGCUGGGGCGACCUCGGGCUCGGCUUUCCCAAGGUCAGCAUCACCCGCUUGGCGUUCAAUCUGCCGGAGCUGGCGCUGGAGAUGCUUUGUGGAGAGUUGCGGCCUCUGCGAAACUGCAUGGUGGAUGCUUCAAACGCCUCAAAGGUGGGCUUGCCGAAGUUCUGCGUUUACUGUUACACCUUCGAUUACUCAGAGGAGCAUGUCCAUGACCGGCUCUUGCAGCUGCUUGGGUUCGUGCCAGAAGCGACAAAGAUUCGCAAGGUGCGGCUGGUGGCUCCCAGCAAAAUGAUGUAUUGUGUGGAGUUCGCAUAUCUCUGGGAGAGCGAAAAGUGUGCAGGGCAUGGGAUCCUUUUUUCCGCGGUGCAAGUGGGGAGUGUAGAGAGCACGCGGGUGGCCUUGGCUGUUGCGAAGAUCCAAGGCCACGCGCUCAUCACUGCUCCACCUGUGGCCGGUGCGUUCUUAGGCCAGAUCAACCUGAAGCCCUUCGUGCAGUUCGUCCACUUCGUGCCCAUCGCGACCCUGCACGCGUUGAUCGUGCACUCGGAGCUUUUCGUCCUGCUGUUUUAUGCAUGGAAGAGCUCACGGAAGUCUCUGGACUUUCUGAGGGUUGUGGUGCGAGUCUGGAUCCUGCUGGGCCUGAUCGCUUGGUUCUGCUGCCUGGUGGUAAUGCUGUUGGUGGGCACCCUGGCCUGGGAGAUGGAGCACACGGUGAUCGGCAACGUCAGCAUGAUCGAGGAGUAUGUCGUCGAGAAGGCAGAGAUGCGGAGGCGGCGAGCUGGAGAGCGAAAGUUUGUUUACCCGUACGAUCUGGGCCGCAAGGAGAACUUUGCGGCUUUGUUGGGAUCAAGCCUGUCCUGGCUUGUCCCUGGCCUUGCGACGCCAGGAGACCCAGUGUGGCCGAUGGUUCGGCCAGGCAGCACGCACUUUGACAUCAGCACAGAGCAGAUCGCCCAGAAGACGGAGAAGCUCCAAAGGAGUAUGGUCAUGCCCGUGCGGGAGCACUUCACGGGCGAAGGAGUUGAAGCCUAG